GCCUAAACAAACACGAAGCAUUACAGGUCGGUGUUAGACACGACAGUCAGUCCAGUCAGUUCACGAGUGACGAACGGGCAUUAAAUAUUGCCAAUAAUCUUGAAAAAGGAAUAACCAGAGGAUUAAAAUGGCUGUCGCACAAGAGAGCUGGCCAAAGGGUCGAUGCCUCGGCUGGCCCUCGACUACUCCCCGCGGGCCCUGCGCUGCUAUAGGCUCAAACCCUGGACCAGGUGCAUACGGUCUCCCGACCCUCGUCGGACAGCCAAAACACGACCCAAGGAGCACGAAAAACAGGAAUCCCGCUUUUCCAUUUGGCACGAGACACGGAAAGCUAGUCGACGAAUGCGGCCCUGGACCAGCUCACUAUCCAGAUGCUAAAAUAACACGUUACGGCGCUGACGGAACCCCACAUUACACGUUGAAGGAUAGGACCGCUCUUGCUAGGCCCGCCAAUAACCCAGGACCGGGAAGUUACUCCCCAGAAAAAGCUGGUCAACAAGCUCAUUUUCACGCACCCCAAUUUAGCUUCGGAGCGAGGAAUAAAAAUAGGGGACAGGAUAAGACUCCUGCUGCCAAUUCUUAUACCAUGCCAAGUAUGAUGAGCCGAACAGUGCAGAGCAAUAAAAAGACGGCACCUUGUUAUUCAGUACGGGGAAGAAGUAAGAUCGGAGGCUUCCAUGAGGACUUACAGAAGACCCCCGGGCCAGGAACAUACACCACGACUACACCUCAUAUCUACAAGGCCAAAUCUCCCGCCUAUACGUUAUCUGGCCACUGUGCCAUGCCUGGAGACGGCACGCAGAAACCUGGACCUGGAGCUCAUAGUCCUGAAAAGGUUACAGUCAAUAGACGCUCUGCCCCCGGCUAUGCGUUCGGCUUGAGACAUUCACAAUACAUGACACCCUUAAUAGCUGAUUGCCCUAAUGACGAUUAGUUGACAAAAGGUGAUUAUUAAUAAGAGAGCAGCUCCCGGAUGGCACAUGGGUCUCAGGCACAGUCAGUAUAUCUGCCCCCUGAUCGAGAAUGUCGUCGAUUGAUAAGCUAGGUGGAAAUAGCGACACUGACGGGAUGUUCAACUUACCACCCGCGAUAACCGAUGGGGCGAACACAAGGACCACGAUUGCCUUCAGACUGGGGCUUAUUUUAGCAGUAACACUGAUUCAUUGCUCUUACUUCGGUGGAAAAUUCUAUGAACAUCUCGUCUGUUUCGAGAACCUUGUGUAUAAUUGGUGGAACUGAUGACAUUACUUGGAUUGCAACCGCAGUGGACUAAUUUAAAGUGGACUGUUUUAAAGAUUCGCGAUGGAUCAGGUGUAUCUUUUCGUACGGCUGCGAUUUUGCUCCAAGUCUUUCAUUUCUGCUCCAACGCCAGUGUAAGGUUUUUGGUUGUUCUCCAUAUUUCACAGUUUCCACAGACAACUUGGGACACCACGACUUAUCGGUUUGGGGAAACAAAGGAAAACGUGUCAAUCAGUCUUUAAGAGUUUCUUAACAUUGAGGGGAAACACUGAGAAGCGGCAACACUCAUUUACGUUACACUGGGUGUCUUAGCGAAAUUUGGCUGAGACUUUUAUAAGAUUUUGUAAAACAGACUGUCUAAAACUGCUGAAAUUGCGCCUAGGUCAUGAAUCAGUAUACUGUGGUAGACUCUAAUCCACUCUAUUGGUGGACAAGUUUUUUAAACAUAUAUUCAUUUGCCAAAUGUCACACACAGUAUGUUUAGUCUUGACGUAGUUGUUUUGAGCGUGGGCGUGUUUACUAAUGAAUUAGUAGUCCAUACACCAAACCAAUCAUUAGAAAACUGUAUUUUGUUAUUUUACCAAUAUAGAAGCGUGAUUGUGAUAUUCAUCAGACACUCGUGCUGUAGUAUUCAUUAUCAAUCGAAUAAGAGAGAAUGGGGGCUUCCGUGAAGUAAAGCACGUGUCCUUCAUGUGAUCUAGAACCAUUAUGUGAUUUUUAGUAAAUACUAUAACCAUAGCCAAAUACUUUCAUAUUAACUUAUGGAAAGCUCAGUUCCCAGUACAAUGGUCUGACAACAGAAUCUCUGCUUAUUCCACUAUCUGUGAAUUCUAUCCUCACGUAAACUAGCAGUGACCUUUUUCUCAUUCAAAUCAUUAUCCUGAGCAUGUCUAUCCAUCAAUGUGUUAAGACCGUCAUUUAUCAGUGGAUUAAUCGAAGCGACCGAUUUCUCCAACUCAUCUAAUUUCUUUGCUGUAGAGUUCUACUUUUUUUCUGUCUGAUGUUAAUGUAAAUAUUGUAGCCUUUGAUGCGGUGUUUGUAAAUAUAAGCAGUAUACAUGGACUUACUAGUGUAUAUUUUACCAGUUCUCAUACUUAGCAUUUUAUUAACAAAACUAUGGAACACUACGUUUUUAAUUGCACAACCAAGGAAGAUUGCGUUGAUGUCUCCUUGCACGAACUUACUCUUUCGAAACGCAGGACACAUAUUAUUUUGAUGUACAUUUUAUUUUACCAGAUCUUGAAUGAGCAAGUUGCAUGGUCUAUUUCUACUUUACAUGUUCAUUACCUCAGUCUAUCUUGGGUAUGGACGGGUAGAAAAGCUAUGUAUUUGUAACGUUUUUUUGCCGUAAAUGAAUCUGUACAUCACUUUUAUUGGAGAUGUAUAUAGAAUCCGUCCAAAUAUACGGUGUUUGUAGUAAAUGGGUCAUGACCUCUUCAUGCAGUGUGUCAGAAAAGGCUGUAAAUGACGUUACGGAAGGGUGCCUUUCAUCAAUGUACCUUGCAAAUGCAUGCCUAUUCAACCGUUUCUGAGACACGCUGUAGAACCUUAAUCUAAUCAUAUUAGUUAGGAGUCGGUAUGAUAUCGAGCUUGUCGGAGCAGCUGUGCAUUUCCUUUACCAACUGUGAUGGUGGUGUAGGCAAACUAGAUGUGAGGUGGACGUAGAUAUCAUAUUGAAAACCGUCUGUGAUCGCUGUAUACUGCACCCAAAGUGGUGUAGAAUUGUGGAAAUAAAUUGACCUUCUACAUA